CAAAGCUGAUAAUAGAAGCCCGAACAGUGAGCUUAACCGUUGAUUCGCCGAGUAGGGUUCGACCUAACGAGUAAUUUAGAAUAUUUUAAGGUGCAAUCACUGUGAUCUUGACAAAUAUUACUUUUUACCACACAAUAUUAACAUAUGUAUUGUUAUUUACAGUCAUUCGUGCGGCGCCGCGCCGCCGCAGUAUGGAGCGUAUCUUGGUCUGUUACUCAAAACCCACAUGUUAUGAAUCAAUUUAAAAGAUUUGUAGUAUCCAGAUCAAAUUUAGUUAUGAACAAAAGGUGUACAAGUGUACAUUCGGCUGGUAUUGAACAAAUACAUGAAAUGCCACUUAAUGAAAUCAUAAGACCAAUUCCACCACAAGUGGAUGAAGAAAAGGUUAAAAGUUUAAUGGAUACUUUGUCUGACCCAGAUCGGACAGAUUCAGUACCACCAAUAGACGUAUUAUGGAUCAUAGGAAGAGAAGGUGGUAAUUAUUUUUAUUCAUUUGGUGGAUGUCAUAGAUAUGCUGCUCACAAACGUUUAAAAAGAGAUACAGUAAAAGUAAAAUUGGUAUCUUCAACUAUUCAAGACUUACACAGCUACCUAGGAGCAUCCACACCUGAUCUUAAAUAAUAAUAUUAUUUCAUUAAUGUUAAUUAAUUUAAAAUGGAUUUUAAGGGUUUUGGGAUUUCAAAAAACUCCAGCAAAUGAAUUGAUAAUUAUUUUAAUUAUAGAAAAUAAAUAAAUAAAAUAACAUUUCAUGAAUAA